CUGACUUAGAAAUGGCUACUUGCCCUGAGUCACACACCUCAGAGGCGACAGAAUUAGGUCUCAAAACAGCCAGGGCAGGCUUCAAAGCCCAUGCUCUUUACCGUAAAUAGUACAAACAGAAGCACAGAGAUGACAUGCCAGGCAUCCCCGCUGGCUUCAAUAUGACCUCAUAGUAACUCAGAUUAGACCAGGGACGACACAUAAAAAGUUGGCAGUCCCGUGUUGCCAUCAGCCUGACCCCAAAUUCCCAUGGUAAGGGGUUCAACAGGGAAUGGCCUCAUAAUGGAUUUGGAGUGAAGGAUGAGUGGCGGGGGAGUAGGCAAUCAGAUGAGAACAGUUUCAGAAGCAAAGCUUGGAGGGCAGAGAUGCUGUAUGUGCUGAUAGAGGCAGAGAGUGCCCGGACCAAGAAACUGCAGAAAGAGAACAGACUCCAGACGCUGGAAUGCGGGACUCUGUCCAGAGAGGGCAGCUGGGACACUGAGCCGUCCAGCGGAGAUGUGCCUGUGCAGUGCUGCGCCAAGGAGCCAGUCUCUUCCCUCUCCCAGCCCCAGAAUCGAGAUUCAGAAUGGCUCACGAGGAAUCCACAGGAGAUAUUGGCCUGGGCUAAAAUGUCUACAGACCCCAGGAUUGCUGCAGGUCAGCAGUCACCACUGGAGAAGAAAAUCUUGGUCUUUGAUAACAGUGAAGCAGCCUAUUGCAGGCCUUCAGAAAGUGGGAGAAACCUGAAUUUUGUUGGGAGAACAAGGAAGACUGGUGGAGUCAGCUCUUGAGGAGACAGCCUUUCAUCACCAUACCUCAUGGCUUCUGAGUUUACAUGCAAUUGCCGAGAGAGAGAGCUGCCAAGUAGUUUGUGAAUGUUGGCAUCUUCCAAUACUUGGAAAUAAAUAAAAAUAUUAAAAAAAAAAAAAAAGAAAAGAAAAGAAAGAAGGAAAGUCUGGAUCAGCUGCCUGCACUCUGGCCUCUAUGCCCAUCACUUCACCAGGCCCCCUUUCACUGAGUCAUCCAAGAGCUCCAUGCAGCUAAAUCCAGUGGACAUUUAAGGGUGGAGUCGAGGAAAGAGAAAGUGCCAACGAUGGGCACAAGACCUGAAAGGCUUUGGCAGCAAAGACAGCAUGGAAGAAGGAUCAACACAUCCAGGGUUCCUAGAGGUUGGCGCCAGCUAGGGGCUUGGAGCAGGAAGGAACAGAGGGCUGGUGUCUGCAGAGCCUCAGCCUGGCAUUCCUGGGCACCGGCGGCUGAGCCCCGGUGACCGGCGACCGGCCUCUGGAGCCUGAACCAAAUGUGUGCUGGGGUAUAAAAGAGACUUGAGACCGCAGACCAAAACAGGACCCUCAGGGCACAUACCUUGGUCUUGGGAAGUCAUGCAGAGCCCUGAGGCAUUUGCAGAGCCCCUCCAUCUGCUCCCUUCCUGGGAGAAAGAAAGCCCCAGGAAGGGGUGCGGCCAGCCCUGGGGGCCAGGUCUCGAGGGGAGAGAGCUGCAAACCGACCCCACAGAGGAGAAGCCCAUCCAGCGUGUGCAGAAACUGCUUCCUCCGGUGGAGGAGGCAGCCCAGCAGGAAGCCGUACGGAGAGAGUGCAGGUGGAGGGCGUGGGUGCAGAAGCCAGUCACCUUUGAGGAUGUGGCAGUGAACUUCACCCAGGAGGAGUGGAUAUGUCUAGAUGUCGGUCAGAGGGCCCUCUACCAGGACGUUAUGUCAGAGACCGUCAGAAACCUGAUGUCUGUGGAUCUGGUCACGAAGCUUGAACAAGAAGAAAAACAGUGGAGGGUGGAGCUCCAGGUCCAUUCCCCCAAUGGAAAAGGCCUCCCUUCAGGAAGCCAGACACAGGAGCUUCCAGAAGGGAGCCGGAGCAGCAGGGGCAGAGAUAAGGAGGGCCCCCGUGCUGGCAGAGGCUCGGGCGGGCCCUGUGGCCCUGCGGGGUCCGGGCGCAGGGCCCCCAAGUGCUCAGCCCCGCAGCCCGGGCCGCCGUUCCCCUGCCACGUGUGCGGCAGGACUUUCAGCAAGCGCUCCAACCUGCACAGCCAUCAGUUUGUGCACAACCCCCACAAGACGAACAGCUGCAGCCAGUGCGGGAGGUCGUUCCGGAACCCCAAGGACCUCAGCUGCCACAGGCGCCUGCACCUGGGGGAGAGGCCCUUCUGCUGCCCGCUCUGCGACAAGACCUACCGCGACGCGUCAGGCCUGAGCCGCCACCGCCGCGUGCACCUGGGCUACCGGCCCCACUCCUGCGCCUCGUGUGGGAAGGGCUUCCGGGACCAGUCCGAGCUCAAACGGCACCAGAAGACGCACCAAAACCAGGAGCCAUUGGCCAGGGACUGGGAGCGCGUUGUGAGGCUUCUGGGCGCCAGCGCUCGGUCUCAGGAGUCUCCGCACGGGAGCCAGGCAAGCAGCCGGGAGCCGGCGGCCAGGACCCGAGAGCCUGUAUUUGGAACCAAGGGUCCUGUAGCUCAGACCCAGCCGUCUACAGACAGGAAGCAGGCGAUUGGCGUGAAACCUCAGGCACAGGCCACUGCAACCCUGGGGCCUGUGACCGGGACCCAGGACCCUGACACCAGAACCCCCUGCCUGGACACCGGGUCCAACUGUCCCCCAGCAAAGCCUUCAGGACUCAAGGUCUUCUCUGGCUCCCACUGCCCUCCGACGUUUAGCAGGAAAGCCUGCCUGUCCAGCCACCAGAAGGCGCACAUCACGGAGCAGCCACGCUGCUGCUUCCGCUGUGGCAAGGCCUUCGGGUCACUGCCGGGGCUGGCCAGGCACCAGCACACACACUGGAGGCAGCAGGUCUACCGCUGCCCCGUCUGCGACGUCUGCUUCGGGGACAAAGAGGGCCUUGUGGGCCACUGGGGGGGCUCCAAAGGCAAGGACGCGUGCCGGGCCACCCUGGCUCAGUGGCUUGGCUUCUUCCGUGACGCCUCCCCUUUGGCAGGAAAGGAGACGGUUGUGCCCCCGGAUCCCGGGCCCCAGGAGAGGGCAGGGGGCGGGGGAGAGUGUUUGCAGAGCAGAGAAAGCAAGUGAGGCCGUGAGGGUCUUGGGACA